CCCGCACGUCCAUGUUCCCCUUUUUUGACAUCGCCCACUACCUGGUAUCGGUGAUGGCGCUGAAGCAGCGGCCAGCCUUAGGAAACUGGUGCAGCCCUCUGAACAGGACGUGUCAGCUGGGACCCCGGACCUCGCUCGCGUGUUGAGCCGGGAGACUCACCGGAGACGCGGUACAGCUAACAGUCACUUGGCACUUCACCAUCUGUGAAACGCGCGGGGCGGGAUGUGGUUCUCACCACACCGAGGCCCGCGAGCCGUGUGACCGAAGAGCAGAGUGUGCCCUCCUGUCCCCCACGCGGACCGUGUGGCUUUGCUGUUGUUGUUAUUUCCAUUAUUUUUCCGAGUCUCCGUCCUUGAGAUCCGGCGUUUCACUGCCUUCUACCGGCUGCCUUUCCCUGUCCCUCAGGAGCAGUGGCCACGGCAUGGAAUAACCCCCUGUCUAGCUGGUUGAGUGCUAUGCUGCAUUGCUUCGGUGGGGGAAUUUUAGCCUCUAUUCUUCUGGCAGAGCCUCCACUCAAGUUUCUUACAAACCACACUAAUAUUUUACUGGCGUCUUCAAUCUGGUAUAUUGUAUUUUUUUGUCCACGUGACCUAGUUUCCCAUGGCUAUUCACAUCUACCUAUUCAACUCCUGGCUGCGGGAAUGAAGGAAGUGACCAGAACUUGGAAAAUUGUAGGUGGAAUCACACAAGCUAAUAGCUAUUACAAAAAUAGCUGGAUAGUCAUGAUAGCUGUUGGAUGGGCCCGAGGUGCAGGUGGUGCUAUUAUUGUAGCUUGUGAACAGUUGUUAAAAGGAGAUUGGAAACCAGAAGGUGAUGAAUGGCUGAAGAUGUCCUUCCCUUCCAAGGUAACUCUGCUAGGGUCAAUUGUCUUCACUUUCCAGCACACCAAACACCUGGGAAUAUCAAAGCAUGACCUCAUAUUUCUGUACACCAUCUUCCUCGUGACCAUAAAGGUAACCAUGAUGAUGACAGCAGAUUCUGCUGUGACCCUUGCUCCCUUUGAGGAUACCUUGACUCGGAUGCUGUUUGGCCGGCAGCAGCAGUUUUCACUGAACGAAAAGAAAGCUGAACCGAAAACAUCUUCUAAUGGUUCUGCCUCAUCCGUGUCCAAGCCGGCCACAGAGGCUCCAGGUGCUGCUAAGAGACUCACCAAGAAAGAAGACUGAGGACUUUACCCGGGCUUAGGAGGAAAGGAAAGAGUUACUUAUCUGUUAGAGUGUGUUCGCAUUUCUAUGUGAAUGAUGUAAAAUAAGGAUAGAGGGGGCAAAUAGGAAGAGAUGCUUUGUUUCAAGGACACCGCUCUGUUGAUUGUAACUCUUGGAGUACGAGUGUAUCAUGUGAAUUUAUUUUUCUGCUGUAAGAGAUUUUCAUAAUUAUUUGAAUAGUUUUAUAUUGAGAAAAGAAAAAAAUUUUUAAAUGUUAGAAAAAGUUCACUUGUUACUGCAAAAUUCUAAGGAUUUAACAAAAAAUUCAGUAUUUUUUUUUUUUACCUUUGAAUGGCUCUAAUUGUGUUUUAAUUCUGCAGAAUUAAACUUUGACUUCAUAUUUCCAGUAUAAUUCUUGUACAUAGAAGAAAAUUCCUAUUUGAUUUUGAACACAGAGAACUUUUCCUAAAUACUUUUAAACCGAUAGUGUAUAUUUGGUGUAUAAAUUUGUUUUAUAUAUCUUACACACAUUAAAAAUACCUGAAAUUUAA